AAUUCUUCCCUUUUGUUUUUUUUCUUUGGAUUUCUUUUUUAUUCUUAUUUUGAACAUCCAACUUGUUUUAUUUGAGGCACAAUUAGAGUCUCUAUUAUUGCUACUACUUGAUUGUUUACUCCAUAUCCAACCAUGGUGAACAACCAUAUUCAACAAGAGCAACAAACAUCAACGGACUCUUCACGUCAAGGUGAUCUAUCUUCUCCUAUGCGACUCCAACAAGAACAAAGUAACUUAUCUUUACCCAAUUCCACCAUACAAUCACCUAUUUCUCAACAACAACAACAACAACAACAACAACAACAACAACAACAACAACAACAACAGCAACAACAACAGCAGCAACAACAGCAGCAACAACAGCAACAACAAAAACAACAAAGUGAAGAACGUCAGUCUUCAGCAUCUGAACCACAAUCAAUACAGUCAGCAUCAUCAUCAGAACAACCUCAAUCAACCCAACAAGAUCCUACAACUAGUUCUGGUUUAGGACAAACAGAGUGUAAUAUUGUAUCACCUACUUUAGCGGAUAUUCUCAGUAACGAUCGGAUACUUCGGUUUUAUCAAUGUGUUAAAGAAAUCAGAUUACAACAGUCACCUCAACAAACAAGUUCCAUGUUUUUUGCACUAUGUCAUGCUCUAGGUGAUUCAGUAUCAUUUCUCAAGGUACCUAAUAUGAAUAAGAUUAUGUUUCGCCAAGAAGAACAGAUUUUUGCUGUCAAUGUCACCGGUACUUCUACACAAACCUUUGAUGAAGUUCAGCAACCACCUCAAAGUGUACCGAUCGAUUCUGUAUUAACACAAGCACCUUCGACUUCUUCAUCUUCUACCUAUGCUCCUCAUAUGACUACAGCUGAUACUCUGACAACACCAUCAACGGAUAUCUCGGCAUCCUCAUAUCAUCAUCCACAGAAUAACAACCACGCGACAGCAAACACGUUAGCAGCAGCAGCAGCAGCAGCAGCCAAUUUCUUCUCAGUAUCUGAUCAAUCACAACAUUUAUUACAAGCGGCAUUAUCUUCGGUCGGAACUCAUGGGACUGGUGCCCAAGCCGUACACAACGCCGUGGCUCCUUCAGCAACAACAACACCACCUGGUGGACAGAUCAAAAAGAGAGGAAAUGCGGAUAAACGACCAAAGAAACCAAGUCCAAGAGAUAAGGAGUAUGCGAUUAGACGAAAUGAUGUCAUUCAAGAUUUACUAAAAGUCUCAGAGGCCGAUUUAUUUCAUCAAGCAAAUACUGUGGAUGGUGAUGUCAAGUUGAUUAUCCAAGGUCAAGAAAGAAACACCAAACUCGGAUUAUUAUCUCCUCUUCAUCGAUUUGCCACUUUUGCCAAUCUCGCUGCUCAUUAUGAUAGUGAUUUUGCUCCAAAGAAUGCUGGAGUUUAUUACAACUAUGAAUAUUUUCAACUUUACUUAGCAUAUCGUGAUCUAGAAAUUGAACGAACUAUACAACAACAACAACAACAACAACAACAACAACAACAAUCAGAUCAAUCGGAUCAACAUCACACGGAUAAAAUACAUCAAUCAUCGUCAUCUCCUGAACCAGCAAGUGGGACACCUACAACGAAUCCAACAGCUAUGGCGAUUUCCUCACCAGCAGCCGUCUCAAGACCCGUCAUGAUGCAAUGUCGGGCAGAUAUUGAAAAGGUACUUGUGAACACGAAUUGGGAAGCUAUACGACGUCGUCUUACUAUUGGUGAACGUAUUUGUCAAGUGUGUGGUAUCCUGGGACGUGGAUUCUUACUUCUCAGCAAACAAGUUUCUGGACGAAAGCUUUUACAUAAUUUCAACACGGGUGAAUGGGGUGACUUUUUACGAGAAUUCCAGCGACCGGAAACACAACCUUUGUUACAAACAUUGCAAACCAAAUUCUCACCAGAACGUCUUUAUCAACAUCAACAACAUCCGGCUUAUUCCCAAACCAUGUCUGCGUCUGCUGCCGCUGCCGCUGCCGCUGCUGCCAUGAAAGUCCUGCCUCUAUUAUCUCAGCCUCAACAAGAUCAAACAACUCCUUCUACCAGUACGACUAUACGCCAGACACCUACUGUGAUACCAUAUGCAUCCAACUCCCCACCAUCAUCACCAUCCUCCUUACCGCCAUCCACACAAAUAGAUACAACUAUCAAAGAAACAGAUCCUACCUUGACAGAAGAUCAUCAAUCAACCCCUACUGAUGAUGAUAUGUCGGAUGAACAAGAUCGUAAGAAACCAAAAGUGGAACAAGUAUGAUUUGGGAAAUAAUUAGUUAGUUAUUAUUUUAGUUUUUAUCUAGUUUAGUAUUUUUUUUUCACUUUCUUGAUAUAUCCCCUCUACUGUUUAUAUUUUUUUUAUUUUAUUUUAUUUUAUGCAGCUUCCUGUAC